AUUGAGCACCUGCAGCUACCAUCAGGCCAGGGUUCCAUGAAGCCCCUUUCAUCUGGUGACCUGAGAGCUGUGACCAGUGAUGCGGACAGCAUAGGAAACAGAACUGUAACGUUUACGGUUAUAAGUUCCCCUAGGCUCGGGAGGCUGGUGCGAGUCAAUUCUGACAACAGCACAGAGGAUAUUUCCGUGUUUACGCAGAAUCUGGUCAAUGAACGGCUUAUAGUAUACCAGCAUGUGGACCAUGAGAACACUGGCUGGACUGCAGAAGACUCUUUCACGUUUAUGACAUCAUCCCCACCGGCAGCUCUAGGUCCUGAGGAGUUUCGUAUUACUAUUUCAUAUGAAAUUACUGAGCCUGGUCGGCAGAGUCGUCUGCUUGCAAAUACAGGAGCUGCUGUCAAGGAGGGAGACAAAGUUCUCAUUGACCAAUCUAAUUUAGAUGCUUCCAACCUCUUACUGAAAUUGCCCAAAUCUCAGCGAUCUUCCUAUGAAAUCUGGUUCCAGGUUACGUCUCUUCCUCACCAUGGAACCAUUAUGGUUGGAGAGAGGAAUAUUACCAAGGAAAAACCCAAUUUCUCCCAGUAUAUAGUUAAUAAAUUUGGAAUCAUAUACCUUCACGAUGAUUCUGAAUCACUGGCUGAUAAUUUUACCUUUGCCGUUUGGCCGAAACAAAAGAGCAAGUCCACCACCAAGCCAGAGGCUGACUUCCUUGAAGAGAUGUUUAACAUCACCAUAUCUCCUAUUAAUGACCAGGCACCAGAAUUAAAGACAAAAGGGCUUCGGUUGAAAGUUCUGCAGGGAAAUAGGUUGGUUGUGGGACCAGAAAACCUAAGAGUGGAAGAUCUCGACAGUCCUCCAGAGGAGAUCAGAUAUAUGAUCAUCCGUAAUCCUAAUAAUGGCUUUUUGGCAAUGGCUCACCAUCCAGACAUACCUGUUCACCAUUUCACGCAAGCUGACAUAGAUAACUCUCAGGUAUGGUUUGUACAAGAUGGAAGCCCAUCUUCGGGUGUGUUUUACUUUAGUGUGACUGAUGGCCAACACCGCCCACUCUAUAAGCUCUUCCACCUGGAUGUCAUCCCCAUCUCCAUCACCCUUGUGAACCUCACGGACCUACUUCUCCCACAAGGCCAGACAACUGUCCCCAUCACCAAUACUCACUUAAAGCAAUCUGACAGGACAGACACUGAACAUCAGAGUGCAGCCUUUACUGCGGGUUAUGUCAAACCUGACAGUCACCAACAGGGAGGUUUAUCAGCUGAGAAGAAAGGACCUUGA